AUGCCGCGCCACAUGCUGCAGCAGUCCGUCGACCGCCUCGCCGCGCUGGCCGCGCCUCCGGCGGCCGCCAUGGCGCGGGGCGGGAUGAGCGUGCACACGGACACGCUGCUCAUCCUGGCGGCGGUGCUCUGCUUCCUGCUCUGCGUGGUCGGGCUGGCCAUGGUCGCCCGGUGCUCCCGCCUGUGCAACCCCUCCGCCUUCUCCGUCGACGCACCGGGGGCAGUCGCCGCGCCGUGCAAGGGGAUCAAGAAGAAGGCGCUGCAAGCGCUGCCGACCGUGUCCUGGCGGCCAGAGCAGGAGAAGAAUGAUGAGGAGGCUGGGGAGCGGCCGGAGUGCGCCAUCUGCUUGGUGGAGUUCGCGCGCGGCGACGAGGUGCGCGUGCUCCCGACGUGCGGCCACGGCUUCCACGCCGCCUGCGUCGACGUGUGGCUGCUCUCCAGCUCCACCUGCCCCUCCUGCCGGCGCGCCCUCGUCGUGUCGCCGGCGCCGUCGGCCACCGAGUCGCCCCCUCCCCAAACAUGUUGCGAGCGCGCCGACGUCCUUGUGGCGCAGGCCUCGGCCGCCGUCUCAGGCCCCGGCCGUUGCCGGCCGUCGGCACAGUAG